AGACGUAUAUUGAUUUUCCGAACACACUUCAUAACGACAAACAUAUAGUUUGAAUUUAGCAUUUAAGAGUUUUUGAAUACUUAAUUUAAAUUAAGAUAAUGCAAUAACAAGGCAGCAGAAUCAAUAGGAAAACUGCAUUAAUAAACGUAACAAAAAUGAGCCAACGCCAAAGUUAACCUCAAAUAUUCGAACGCCGAACACAACAAUAAGAGCAUCAGGUAAAACACCAAAGAAUUCUCAACUGGAGCACGAGCAGACACGGAGAGUUGCCUUAAGAUUUGAGCUUUAAAAGGAAAGCCUGCGAUCACGUCAACAUGUCCACAGCAUCGUCUCAGCAACAGCAGCAGCAGCAGCCGGGGGCGAAGCUAAAGCAGAAGCAUCGCUCAGCCACGGAGGAGAGCAUGUCGCCCAAGAAAAUGGGCAUCAUUGCGAUUGUGACCGUGGUUGGCUGCAUUGCCAUAUUAUGGCCAAAAGUAUUCCAUCCCAUGAUGUUUGGCGGAGCGCCGCCCAAGCCAAGCUUUAAGGAUCAGCCCCAGCGCGGCGCACCUGGCGGUUGUUGUGAUGUCGUGCUUGACAGGGAGCAGUUCAUGAACGCCUCAAAGCCGGGCCUCGAGCCGUUCGGGCCUCAUUUGUAUCGCAAGCAGAUCAACUUGUACACGGGCGAAAUAAGUCUGCGUCAGGAACGGCCAGCCCACCUGCAUCCGGAGUCCAUAUAUCAGGCGAUGCGUGAGCGGGGCCGCGCAAUACCAGCCACGCCCACCGUUCCGAUAGUCGAGCGCAAGAGUUCGCCGAGUAACCCACCGCCCCGCAUCGUUGACGGCCGGCCUGGACCCAUACCUGGCAUGCGACCGCCAAUGGGAGCGGGUGCCUUUCAUCAGCCUCAGCAGCGAGCCGGCAGCAGCAUGGGCUUCCUGAUGCCGCUCUAUACCAUUGGCAUCGUGGUGUUCUUCGGCUAUACGAUUAUGAAGAUUGUAUUUAAGAAGCAAGUACCAAAUGCGCCGUAUGGGCCCGUUCCAGCGGAUCCAAGCUUCCGCCAAGAAGUUUUUGGCCAACAGAAUCACAGCCAGGUGGAGGAUUUGGGCGGCACCAAACUGGGUUGGCGCGAGCAUCAGACAAGAACUGCGACGAGCGCAGCGAACGGCAGGCGCAACGACAAGGAGCUCUACAAAGCCACCUUGUCGGCCACGGAAAUGGCCACCAAUUUGUCCAGCACGCUGAAGGCGCACCAGCAACAGUGCCACGGCCAGGCAAUAGCCCCUAAGACGCUGGCCGAGGUGGAGAAGUCGCUGUUCAAUAAGGAAACGGAGCAAUUAAUGGAAAUUGAAAAGUUGCGCAAGAAACUCGAGGACACGGAGCGAGAGAUGGCAAAAUUAAUUGCCGAAAUGAACACCGAUCAGUAUGAGGCAAAGCAUCACGACGACAACGAAAAAACGAAUUUGACAAAUGUAGAAAACCAGAACAUUUCCAAUGGGCAUACAACUAACGAUCAGGAGCAGAAUAAAACACAGGGUAUACAGGAUGCGACUAACACUAAACAACAGCAACAGCAAAGGAAGCGACGCGACAUCAGCGCAGAGCGUGAAAUGACGGUUCUUGGCAUGGAGGUAACAGCCAGUUGCGAGGGCGGUCAAAGAUGGACUGGACGCCCUCCAACGCCUGUCUUCCGCGCAAAUAGUGAACAUUCCAAAUUGGAAGAAAAUCUACCCGAGCCGCAGUCCAUUUACUUGGAGGGCGCAUUGGCACACGACUCACAGAUUUUGGUGGCCGAUUCCCAAACGAAACGUGAAGAGGUCUACGAUUCUGAGCUGAAUGGAUCAUCUGAGGAGCCGGCAGUCAUACUCAGCAGCAAGAUGACGUUAUCAUUAAUUAAUUUGGAUGCAAAUCAACAGAAUGGUAGCGAAAACAAACAGGAAAUCGAGAGUCCCUUGGCUGAUGAUAUUGAAAUAAUUGGACACGACGAACAAUAAAAUGCAAACUAUAUAUUCGUAUGUAUGUUUGUCGCAUAACGUUACGGCAAUCAUAAUGCAAACAUCGAACCCUAUCGCAUUGUUUUGCCUAACUUGCUAUUUUCAAGUUGAUUUGAAAACAGGCAUCACAUAAUUGGAAGAUUUGAGUGAAUUUAACCAGAUUCAGCACGAAUUUUACGACUGAUUAAAAAAACAUAGAUCCUGUUCGUAAUUUGUCAUUUGAUUUGUAUAUAAUUAUGCCCAUAUAUGUAUGUAUGUAUUUCUAUAUAUGUAUGUAUUGUGUGUUUUAUCGAUUUUGUUCUCGAAAUCAUAUAGUUUUUGCUUUGUAUCUGCACCUGUUCGGUCAACUGAACUUCUAAAUGUAUGCCAAAAAAAAAUUCAUUAAAUGGAUAUCCAUGCCUCCUUAUUAAAAGUGCAAAAUUUUACGUGCAUAUUGUUAGUUGAAAGGCAAAAAACUAGUCUACCAUCAUCGAUUUAAGAACCUUAACGUAUUCACAUUUGAAAUCAAAAGAAUCAUUUUUAAUUUUAAACGAUAAUUUUUCAAAUAAAUUACAUCCUACAUAGAACCCAUACAAUAAUGUUCGAUUGCACCUCAUGAUCAAACAUUAAUUAAUGUUAGUGCCACAGUGUUUGUGAAUUUAGAAUAAAAAGAAUACGUGUAAAAAAUAACAUGUUAAUCAUGAUUUGAGAAAA